GUGCAGGAGGCAGCGCUCCGCGACACGCCUGAAGCGGAAACGCAAACAGGUGCAAACCCUGAAGGACCAGCGGAACUACAGGAGGAGGGUCAGGAUCACCGAGGACAAAGACGAAUUUGGUACUCUCGACUGUGCGAACCCCAGGCGGGAGAAGACGGCGUUCUCCAGGCUCUGCACCUUGGGGUGGGCGUGCAGGCCUUCCUCUUGCCCAGCUUGCAAGCGGAAGGGCCUGCACAUGGAGCUCUGCAAGGGCAAGUUUUUCCCCUUGCGUUCCAAACGCGACAGGAACAGCUGCAAGAGGCGGUGGUCACCGUUGCGCUUCACUUUCCUGCGGCAGGUGAACAUGCGGGAUGGGGGCUUGCAACAGGUCGUGGCCAUCCUGGAGGCGCGCUAUAGGGUGCAUAGUGAGACUCCAGGCAAACCGCCCUCUGUGCAGAUGGUCUCCAAGAUCUUGGGCUACAAGUGGAUUGGAGGGGGCAAGCUCGUCCGCAAGGUCGCGCGCGACAUCGGCCAUGCGGGGGCCAGCUACGGCAGGCACCUGCAGUCUGAGCGGAAGCUGUCUGACAUCGUCGAGGUGGAUGCUACGUGCAGUAGCUCGUUCUGCUGGAAGGACUCCAGGUGCCACUGCCAGCUCUUCGGCGCCGUCCAGCGGCAGCGCCAGGAUGGGCAUGGCUUGCAGGCUUGCAUCUACCAGAUGGCCCUAGGCAAGACCAAGCGGGCGUCUGCGCCCCCAGUGGAGGAUCUCGAGAGGGUCAAGGCCUGCGGCGGUUUCGAGUGCGUUCACACGAAGCAGACGGACUGCGUGGUGUCAGAUGGUGCGCGGCUGUGCCCAACAGCUGCGAAUUCCCUGCGGGUGCCCCAUUGCCAUGUCGCCCAUGGCAAGGGCGUUUGGGUGCGGGAGGUUCGCAGGGGCAGGGGGCCGAACCUCAGCGUCCAUUCGGGGACCAUCGACAACUUCUGGACGCAUCUCAAGAACGCCAUGCCUUCCCUGAGAGUUACCGCAAACCCGAAGACGCAGGAUGUCAACCCAGAGGUGAUGCGCUACGCCCACCAGUGCUCCAUGCGAUUGCACAAGCAGGACGUGCCGCCAUCUGAUCUGAUGAAGGAGGUGGGCGCGUAUGUGAAGGAGCGCACUUUGCAGCGGGUGUAG